UCUUGCCACAACUGGACUAAUUACUGUAAAAGAAUACGGCAGAAGGAAAGUAUGUAAGAAGUUAAGUCCAGCAGAUGGCGGUAAAUGCAACGAAAAGGAUGCCAACUGCCAAUAAACACCAAAGAAGAAGAAGAAGAAGUACGAAAUUUCCUCCACUUUCCAGCAGCUUGUUGCUAGGUGUUUUAGCGUCCUAUCUGUGUACGGUUGCUAGCUAAUGGCUAGCUAACAAAUAUCAGUAUAAAUGCAGCCCAGAAGCCUUGUCGAAAUGGAUUAUGUGCGUUUCGGUUUAAAAUGAAACCAUUGAAAUCGACGUAAGCCCGAAUAACGUUUUAUUCACCAGCUGGAUAAUGUGCAAUUAAGGUGUUUUAAAGGUUUUGGGCACUCACAUGAGUUCCAGGGAGGCAGCCAAGAUGGGGGACAUCUUGGCAACAGAAGCCGAUCUUCUUGGGAUGAUUAAGGAGUAUCUUAAAUUUGAGGAGUUUGAAGAGACUGUUCACAGUUUUGAAAAGGAGUGCAAAAGCAAAGGCAAGCUCGUCUCAAAGCCUCAAGGAAGUACUCUCAGGGACUCCAAGACUCGUGUCAUUCAGAAAGACCUCCUCAGCUGUUUUGACGAUGGAGACCACAAAGUCUUCUUUGAACUGUGGACAGAAAAUGUUCCCUCUGAGAUAAAAGACACAGACACCGAGGCCCAAAGUCUGGAGUUUUACCUUCACAUCCAUUUCACAAUCUACCCACUGAGGAGGCAUCCUGUUAGACACGACCGAGCUGAGUUCGAGGAGAGGAUUUCCCACUUCAAACAGUACCUGGAGACUCGGGGUGCAGCACUGAGCCAGACCACAAAGUUUCUGCCUUACUAUGCUUUGCCUUUUGUUCCCAACCCUACUGUCCACCCCUCCUUCAAAGAUCUCUUCCAGGAGUCCUGGAUACCGCAGUUGAAGGAUAAGCUGGAGCAGUUUCUGUCUGUGACACUGAAGCCAUCCAACAGCCCAAGGCUGCUACAUUUAUAUAAGGAGGGAGGGAGGAGUACUAAAGAAGCCAUGCAGCAGUUACAGCUCCAAUUGGUUGAAUCGGACAGACGGAUCACUAGCUACGUGCGAAAGUUCAACAAGAUGCAGGCUGACUACCACAACCUGAUUGGAAUCACUGCUGAGCUGGUCGACUCAUUGGAGGCCACAGUCAGCGGAAAAAUGAUCUCCCCAGAGUACCUGCAGAGUGUGUGUGUUCGCCUGUUCAGCAGCCAGAUGAGGCAGAGUGUGGUGCAGAGCACUGACUUCACCAGACCUGGCACUGGAUAUUACUCUAUGAGUCCCUAUGAUGAUGGAUAUGCCUCCUCAAUGCUACGAGCUUCAAUUGCACCACAGAGAUCCAAAGAGGUGCCAAUGCUGCCCUCGCUGGAUUAUGAGAAGCUGAAGAAAGACCUGGUUGAAGGCUCAGACAGACUCAGAUCCCUGCUGCUUCAGGCGCUGCGCUGGAGACUGACUCGCUCCCUCCCUGGUGAACAAAGAGACACAGUACUUCAGGCAUUUAUCAGUAACGAUCUGCUGGAGCGCUACAGUACAAAACAGAAAACGGUGAUUCAUUCAAUGAGAUCGAAGAAUGAGACUGUCCGUCAAUACACGGCUCGUCUUAUAAACGCUUUCGCUUCCCUUGCAGAGGGUCGAAUAUACCUCUCGCAAAUCCCCAUUCUUCUGAAGCUUAUGACGGAAGCAUUGAGGACGGAGGAAAAGGACUCUCUGACUAGAGAGAAUGUGCUUGUAGCCCUGCAGAAACUCAGCCUCAGGAGGAGCCAGCAGACGGCCAUGAUAGCAGACGGUCUAAUCGGCUGGCUGGUGGAUGAGCUGCAGGACUCUGACUGCCUGAGUGACUACAGCCUGGAGUACUCUGCUGCUCUGCUCAUGAAUCUGUGUCUGCGAACAAAAGGAAAAAGGAAGUGUGCAGACAACGCUAAGCAUGUGCUAAAAGUUCUUACCGACCUCCUCGGACAUGAAAACCAUGAGAUUCGGCCAUAUGUGAAUGGAGCCCUGUACAGUAUCCUGUGUAUUCCCUCUGUGAGACAGGAAGCCAAAGAGAUGAGUGUAGAAGAGAUUCUCUGCUGCUACAGCAAAGAAGAGAACCCAGACCUCAACAGACAGAUUGAGUUCAUCAUUAAACAGCUAAAUUCAGCUGAGGAAGAGGGGCCAGAGUCUGAUGAUGAAGAAGAAGAGGAUGACAAUGAUGAGGAUUUAAUGGAGACAGACCUUGAUAUAGAGGAAGUUCUCCAACCACAGCCCAGGGAACUGUCCGGGGAGAGUCUGCUCACCACUGAGUACCUGGGGAUUAUGACCAACAUGACAAAAGUGAAGAGGAAGUCAACUCCUCUGGCGCAACCAAGUCAUGAUGAACCCCUACAACGUCCAGUCACCCCAAGUUCUCAUCGUAAUGUCAAUGUGGGGGAAGGAAGCCUGCCUCCUUCACGAUACAACUCCCGACCUCCUACACGCUCCGGCAGUCGCCCGAGCACUGCUGACUCCCUACGCCACAGUGUCGACUCGGAGUGCGGCCGGUUGUCCCAGGAGUCCGAGUUGGAAGGGCCAUAUGAAGGGCGAGCCAGAAAAGGACAUUCCCAGGAGGAACACAAUGGACACUCAUCCAGUGGUGAUUAUGUCCCUGCAUUUACAAGCCAGCCCAAGAUUCCCCGUACACCUGAAGCAGCAGCCAGCCAGGACAGCAGUGCUCACCGGGCUCGAGGCCCGGCUCUGGCGCCCCAGUUUUCCCAGUCGGAGCCGCAGCAGAGCAGCCGGCCGGGCUCCGCCAGCUCCACAGGAGGAGGGGGACGAAGUGGAAGCAGCCAGUCAAAGAGAAGGUGAAGAGGGAACUGUCACCAUGGAGUAGCCCUAUCUCCCCAGGAGCAUCGAGCUUCCUGUAACAUCAUCCCCCCAGGUUGUGAUCAGGGUCAGGGCAACAGAGAUGGUCGAGGAUCGGCAGCAGCAGGAGGAGGGGCUGGAACAAUGUGGAGGAUUGUGGCUCUGCAUCCCCCCCCCCCCCCCGUUCAGCUUCAGCACAGACUACUUCUGUAACAAUAACCACAGGCCCCAGCAGCCCAACCCUCUGCACCUUGUAACCUUAGUUGGCCCUGAAUUUCUCCACUCUCUCAGCAAGGUGAUAGUUGGCACAUCUAAAUAUGUGCAACAUCCUCCAGCCAUGGCAAAAUGAAUGUGCAACAAGAUGAAGGGGGGUAAAGUUCUGAAUUGGGGAAGUCCAAGAGAAUAAUUGAUUAACUUUUUGGUUACUGGUUUUCUUACAAAAGCACAUUGCAUUUCCUUCACACAAGCUGGCAUAAACAGGGUCCCAGAGAUGCUUAUUUUUGUGAUAUAUUCUCAGUAUCUGUGCUUAAGUCUGAACGUAAGUGUUCAGACUAAAGUGCAGCAUGCUUCCACCAGGUUUUAAUUACAUGUAAACGGGGGAUUAUUGGUAUAAAUAUGAUUUUGGAGUCAUUCUAAAGAUAUUUUUCAAAAAAAGUGACGUUUCACAACUUGAUUCUACUAAUCUAUAAUCUUCUGAAUUUCACUACGUACUGUAUAUAUUGAUUUCUGACUGUGGUGGAAGAUAUCCGUCCACAUAAAUAAAUAAUUGUACCAGCAUUACUUCAAAUAUAAGGCAUUAUCUCAUAUCCGAGUAUCUGCUCUCGUUUUAUUGUUUACAGGAAGGACACAGGUCUGGGCAUGAGUUUUCAGGCUAGUGCAUGUUUUUACAAAACUAUUUAGAAGUGCUUAUUGCUAUUAACAUACACUACCAUCCAUGCAACAUCUGAAAAAAAAACUUGAAUUUGUGUAAAUGUCUUAAAUCCGACAUUUUCUUUGUACAUUUGCUCUAUUUUCCAGCUGUGGUGAUGUACAGUAUAUUUAUGUUAAGUGCUGCUUUUCUGUUGUAAAGCCGAUCAUUUUUAAGUGUUUUUAAAUAAAUGUGGGACACAUGUCA